GUCAACAUUUGGUUUCCGGGUCAAAUAAAGCCCACCCAAUCCAAUUAGGAUGCUAAUUAAGCAAGUUAUGAUUCCGACACAAGUGUGAUUAUUUCUCACAGAUCGAAGAAAACGGUUUUGCUGAUCAGAGAUCACGUCGAUUCAUAUCGGUGAGCAUCUGAAACCCUUUGAUUCAGUCUCGUCUGAUAGAAGAAACCAGAAUCCUAGGGUUUCAGAAAUUCUCACGUUGCUUGAAACCCUAGGCCCCUUUCCUGUUUCAGCUAAAUUACGCAUGGCGGCUAAAUCAUUGUGUUUAUAGAAUUCAAGUCUUCAGAUUUCGAGAAUGAGAGCUGUGAAUUUUCUAUAUAGCUCGAGUAAUCCCAAAUUUCGGGGGAUUUUUAAUGGGCUUUGUGCAAUAGUCCUAUUCAUCUUCUUCUUUGAUCAGAGCGAUAUACUCAGGAACCCUUUGUUAAAGAAUCUGUCUUUCGUUGAUUCUAGCGGCAGAGGAUUGGUUUCUCCAGGUCAAUUCAGUAAUGGGUUUAGCCAGUUUACUGUAAUUCGUCGACAUUUGAGUGGUUCUUUUGGUAAUAGCAGCUUGAGUGGUGAUACUACUGUAUCUUGCUCUGGGUUACAUGAACACAGAGGUUAUGUUGAUCAAUGCGAGUUCUUGAUAUCGAAUCCGAUUUGUUCUCCAGAUGGGUUCUUUGAUUACCUCAAGUACUUUUACUGCUCCUGCAGAGAUUUUAAGAUCUUGGGUUAUUUAGUGUUAGGGGUUUGGCUUGUUGCUUUGUUUUAUCUUUUGGGUAAUACUGCUGCUGAUUACUUUUGUUGUUCGUUGGAGAAGCUUUCUAAGCUUUUGAGGUUGCCUCCAACUGUUGCUGGUGUUACUUUGCUUCCACUUGGUAAUGGAGCUCCUGAUGUGUUUGCGAGUAUAGCUGCUUUUGUUGGUUCAGAUAAAGGGGAAGUGGGUCUUAACAGCGUCUUGGGUGGUGCGGUGUUUGUAACUUGUGUUGUUGUUGGGAUUGUUUCGCUUUGUGUUGCGGAUAAAGAAGUUAAGAUCGAUAAGAAAUGUUUCAUCAGAGACUUGAGUUUCUUCCUUUUCACAUUGGCGGCUUUGAUGGUGAUUUUGAUGGUCGGUAAGGUGACUGUUCGUAUCGCCAUUGCGUUUGUCUCGAUCUAUGUCCUUUAUGCUUCUCUCGUGGCUGCGAAUGAGAUUUUGAGGAAACAUUCAAGGAGGUUGAAGCUUGAUUCUAUUACGCCUUUGCUCCCAAUGCAGGGAAGUGUCUUCUCCCCAAGUGUUGAAGAGGAUAUUCCUAUGUACAGCCCGUUGCUAGAACUUGAGACCGAGGAAGGUCCACCUCGGCUACAUGAUUCUCUACCACAGUGGAUGUGGGCUACAAAUGUAGCCAUCUAUUCAAACCAUUUCGCAAAAGCCAAUGUACAUGAUGAAGAAAGACCUCCAUGGGGAUGGACCGAAGAUGGUGCAGAAGUCGAGAGCUCGUUAUGUUCUAAAUUCACAUCUUUGCUUGAAACUCCACUGACUGUUCCUAGACGGUUGACAAUCCCGUUGAUUGAGGAAGAUAGCUGGUCAAAGACGUAUGCUGUGGCUAGUGUCUCGUUGGCUCCUGUCCUACUUUCCUUUCUUUGGAGCAGCCAAGAUGAUACGAGUCUUCAAGCUCGGAUUGUAGCCUAUUUUAUCGGAAUUGCGAUUGGAUCUACUCUUGGUUAUCUCGCGUACAAAAACACAGAGUCCGAUCGUCCGCCUCAAAGAUACUUAAUCCCUUGGGUACUCGGUGGAUUCAUCAUGAGCAUCGUAUGGUUCUACAUGAUUGCAAACGAACUUGUUGCACUUUUGGUUACAUUUGGUGGAAUCUACGGAAUCAACCCGUCGAUACUCGGUCUAACCGUACUUGCUUGGGGAAACUCAAUGGGUGAUUUAGUGUCGAACAUCGCAUUGUCGAUGAACGGUGGAGAUGGGGUACAAAUCGCAUUAUCGGGUUGCUACGCAGGUCCAAUGUUUAACACGCUUGUUGGGUUAGGUAUGUCGAUGUUUCUUGGUGCUUGGUCGAAGAGUCCAGAGACAUACAUGAUCCCUGAGGACAAUAGCUUGUUCUACACUCUAGGGUUUCUAAUAUUCGGAUUGAUUUGGUCUCUUGUGAUGCUCCCACGCAACGAAAUGCGACCGAACAAAGUGAUGGGAAUUGGUCUGAUUGCACUGUAUCUGAUAUUCGUCACUUUCAGGCUCAGCUCAGCCAUGGGAUUCGUACCUUGGGCUUCUUAAAACGCCAUUGUUGCCAGCUUUGGUAUCAGUUUAUUGUAUACUACUAUACAUGUUGUUAGAGAUAGCCACUGGUUCUGAAGUAAAUGUUGUUUGUAGUUUGUACUAUGUUGAUGCAAGUGAUAAUGAAUCUGAGCCGUUGAAUCUA